AUAAAAACAGAAAAGAAGGUAUAAUUGAAAUCCUAACCUAAACAGUGAUGAACUUUAACAAUUAAUAUUUCGAUUUGCGGGUCAGAGUGACGUUUUUACCUGCCAAGUUUGUUUGUUUCGUGCAAAAACGCUUCAAAUGAAUCUAAUUUCAUCAAGAUUAGAGUUAAGGAAGGCUAUACUGUAUAAUUAUCCAACCUACAAUUUGUUUGGUUUUUAUCAUACAAGAUCGUGCAAAAUAAUUUUUGUUACAUUUCGCUAACCAUGAGUUAAAGUAAAAUAAAAAGAAAAGAAUGUCUGCAGGUGCGGAACGUCCGGCUUCGAUGCUCUUUCAGGACAGUCAAUAUAACUGGACGGACGAUUUACCAGUUUGCAAACAGUCCGGAGUAGGCUUUUCUACUAAUCAAAUCUAUCGAGAAGAUGGAUAUCGACAGGAAGAGCAUCCAUUUGAGGAUCGUAGUUUUCAUUGUAAAUAUGACGAUUCCACAUUUCUUUAUGCUGUAUUUGAUGGCCAUGAAGGUACUAAGGCAGCCAACUUUGCUAUGCAAAGGAUGGCCGCAGAGAUCUUGCUUGGGCAGUUAAAUGGUAAAUCAACCGACGAGGAAGUAAAGGAAGUUCUUCGGCAAGCAUUCAUAGCAGUUGAAAAAGGAUAUCAAGAUUCAAUUGGUGAUUUAUUAGCAGAACGAGCUAGUCUACAAUUUGAUAUACCUGAUGGAUUGACUCCUUAUGAGACUUACCAAAAGUUUCCAGACUUGGUUGACAAACUAAAUGCGCUAAAUUGCGAGCUGUCGACUGGUACUAGUGCUGUGGUUGCUUUAGUCUAUAGAGGGAGGCUUUACGUCGCGAAUGUUGGAGAUAGCAGGGCGUUGUUGUGCAAAACAGAUAGCAAUCAAGUUUUACGAGUAGUACAAUUAAGCUUAGAUCAUGACUUAAGAAAUGAAGACGAGCUUUUGCGAUUGUCUCAACUGGGUUUAGAUGUCGAAUCAAUUAGGCAAGGAUCUCAUCUUGGAAAUCAGGAAAAUACGCGUUGCCUUGGUAAUUAUCUUGUUAAGGGAGGAUACAGAGAGUUCGAAGAACUAACAGCUUCCGUGGCAGAACCGAUCAUUGCCGAACCAGAAAUCCAUGGAAGUAUCGAGCUUGACGAAUCUUGUAGAUUUUUAUUGCUUAUGUCGCGUGGCCUAUAUAAAUCAUUAGAAGAAGCGACCGGAACAGAUCAAGUCAAUAAAGAAUUGGCCUUGAUAGCGGUUGAGCAGUUUCGAGUACAAUCGACUUUAACUGGAGUCGCCCAGGCGGUGGUAGACAAAGUUGUGAGAAUUCAUCAUGAUAUAAACAUGAGCAACACACAGAAUACCAUGACCACUGGCAAGCGUGACGACAUAACUCUUUUAGUGCGAAACUUUAACUUCCCACUACCGCACGCACUAAAGAGUCCGACCAAUCGGCCCGAUCAUUCGGUCAGAUUUAAUCCCGUGGUGCAGCCAAUUAAUAUACUGGAUAACGAGGACUUAUCGAGCACCAGCACAGGUGUUACAGAUGACAAUGUCGAUACAUCGACAACUGAAACAUCAACAUCAGAUCUGUAUCCGCCCGGUGCUAGAAUGGCGGAGCGAAAUGCUAGAAUUAAGCCUUAUGUAGAUUUUUCUGAAUAUUAUGAGAAUGUUGAAAAGAGAAGAAAAGAGGGAACUUUACCAGAAGGUAUAGACUUUUAACAUUUCGUUUAUUUUAAAUGUAAAAUAUAUUUUUGAAUAUUUCAUUUACAAAUUAUAUAUAAAUUAUUGAGAUCAUCAUAUUGCGACUGUGUUAAUAAACAUGAAUGUUCCUAUCAUUGCAA